AUGAUCCACGAAGCCAAGUUCAUGCAGCAAUUCAACGAUGGCACAGCUUCUAUGAUGCACAUUUAUGCCAUGUGUGCACUUGCUGCUAGGUUUUCUGACGACCCUGUCUUUGAUGGCAUCCCCCGAGGCUUGCGGGGCAACGUUUAUAUCACCGAAGCUGUGCGUCUCGCUCAACAGGCUAUCAUCCUUCCAAGCUUGGAAUCUAUGCAAGCCAUGGUUUUGAUUGGGUACUACUAUGGCGGGGAAGGUGACACGAAAGCAAAGCACGUGUAUAUCGGCCUCGCUCGGCUACACGCAGAAACCUUGUCACUCUGGGAUGCGACCAAGGAUGACAGUCUCAGUCCCCUGCAUCAAGAAGAGUAUCGUCGUACAUGGCUUUCUGUGGAUAUUGGUAGUGCCUGGUCAGCAACAGAUAUUUCAACCGAGCCUGUAUUCUUGAACCAUGGCCCACAUGUGGAUACUCUGCAAUUUGAUGACAUGGCGUUCCAGAGUCUCGAUCCAAGCCUAGCACCAGGAUCACCGGUCUAUCCUGUAUCUCCCUACAAUAUGUGGGCUUAUAUGGCAAAGACACUUGGUAUAUUUAACAAGACCAGUGGGCUCCUACGACGGAUGAGUCAAGGAUUGGUUCCUUUCGCUGAUUAUUGCCAAGAAGCCGCUGUGCUGGAAUCCUAUCUUGACCAAUGGGAGGAAAGUCUGCCCGCAAGUCUAAAGUAUUCCACAGAAAAUAUCAUGUCCUCUGCCGAGAAACGGCUUGGUCGGACGUUCCUCGCAAUGCAUAUUGGCUACCACCACUUUCGCCAAAUGCUCUUUUUCCCUUUUCUCGAUGCUCGCAGGAAUCGGCAUAAUAUAAAGCUUGCAGAAAAAGCCGCCCAAUGCAAACACCAUGCAAAUACAAUAUCCAAAAUUCUACAGCAUAGUACAGACAUCGAAGGUUGCGAUUUGAAUUGUUUCAUCUAUGGACAUAUCGCUGUGAUAAGCUCUUGUGUUCACCUCCACACUUUGCUCUCUAGUGAUAAACCCGAACAACUUUCCGUCGCACGACAAUGGUUACUUUCGAACUUCAAAUACUUGAUGGAUAUCAAAUCAUAUUGGCCUGUGGUCGAUCACUCUCUGGCACGCCUUCGAGAGUUUCAGAACUCCUGUCGAGAUUCCAUAUCAGACCCAUUUGUGCUGGAUAAUUGGAUGGCCCGCUUUCUGACCGAGCAUUCGUCCUAUAUCUCUGAGCGCAAAACUUGCACGAUGCAGCCGUCUGGUUUGGAUCCAGAGACCACCACAGCGAGUAAUAUAUGUGCAAAGGCUCCUGCGUCCGACUCUGUCAACAAUGUGGAGACUGGUCCUGAUAUGAAUGAUCUCUCUGAUUUGCUACAUGAUCAACAAGUGACCAGCGAGGCUCUUGUUAGUCAUGCGAUUGACUGGUUGCUUGAAUGA